AUGGGAGCUAAUUUGAGAAAACAGCUAAGAAAACGUCAAAACGAAAGCUACUGUAUGUUUUUGUUCAAUGUUAUAUUUAUACACCUGCGAGAACUUUUUCAAUUGUACAAUUUGAUGUUAGGGUUUGCAAGGAGCUUUCGCAAUCACUUGUGUAUCCCAAGGCAUAUCGGCGCUAGAACUAUAAAACAAGUCGUGGUGAACAUGUCAUCAGAUGAAAAUUAUUCAAGAAAAAAAGUGCACUCAUCAUACCUGAAAGAUGUUCUAUCACCAGAGUUGCUGAAACUGACAAAGGCUUUCCAAGACAGUGGCUAUGAUAUCCGUCUUGUUGGUGGAGUUGUACGAGACUUGCUUCUCAACAUACCUUGCAAAGAUGUUGACUUAAGUACCAAUGCUACACCUGAUCAAAUGAAAGCUGUCUUUAAUGAAAAUGGAAUAAAAUACAUUGAGACAGGCCUUGAGCAUGGAACAUUGACUGCUCACAUAAAUCAUUCAGAUUUUGAAGUUACCACACUUAGGUACGACACUGAACAGGAUGGUCGCUGGGCAAAGGUUGUUUUUACAAAUGACUGGAAAUUAGAUGCGGAGAGAAGGGACCUUACCAUUAAUGCUAUGAGCAUGGAUACUGAUUGUACAUUAUAUGAUUACUUUGAUGGGAGAGAUGACCUGGAAAGAUGUCAAGUAAGAUUUGUUGGGGAUGCAAGACUAAGGAUUAAAGAAGACUAUCUUAGGAUAUUGCGCUAUUUCCGUUUUUAUGGUCGUAUAGCAGCAGAUGAAAAUAAGCAUGUUGUUGAAAUACUUGAUGUUAUUAAAGAAACAGCUAGCGGCUUGGAAAAAAUUGCAGCUGAGAGAAUUUGGAUGGAAUUGUCGAAAAUAAUGAUUGGAAACUUUGCACCUUCUAUAAUGAAGCAUAUUUAUAAUCUUGGAGUUGCCAAAUAUAUAGGUCUUCCUGAUGUAUCAUCCGCAAAAUUUGAUGAAUUUGAUAGAGUAUGGCGCAACAUGAAAAACUAUACCCCUAAUGCAGUUACAUUAUUGGUUUCAUUGGUUGACAAUGUGGAAAGUGUAGAAUUUCUUACGAAAGCACUUAAACUGUCUAAUUCAGAGAAACAACUUGGCAAGUUUAUUAUAACUCAUAGACAACUUUCUCACAAUUUGGAAUUUCCACUUAAAGUCUACCAAGAUAUUCUUGUAUCAUGUCCAUUAAAAAGCUCUGAACCAAUUCGCCAUCAUGUAAUUGAGCUGCUUUACUAUGAAGGCAAGUUUGAUUUGGUUAAGGAGAUAGCAAAGUGGAAAAUACCCCAAUUUCCAGUGAGUGGGAAUGAUUUGAAACCAUACAUGAUUAAGCCAGGACCAAAGUUUGGAAAACUUUUAAAUCGGUUGAAAGAGAUGUGGAAAGACAGUUUCUAUUCAUUAUCAAAGGAUGAACUUCUUGUACAAGUUCCUAGACUAGUUCAUGAUAUUGCUAUUUAAAAAGUUGUGCACAGUUGUGUGUUCUUGUUUAACCAAUACAUUUACUUCUGUUGACCAA